AUGUCCUCCGCAAAGAAAGGCGGUUCGAAGUCAGGGGGUCUGGUGGAUAAGACCAAGGCGCACGAGCUCAACAUGACUGUGUUGAAGCGGAUCGACCCCGAGACAGAGCAGAUCCUGGCAUCUGCAGGGCAAGUCUGCCUGUACAAGAUGUCAGUCGACGACCAGCAGUGGCAACGAAAGAACAUAGAGGGGUCGAUGUUCCUGAUAAAGCGCAAGGGGGCGCCGCGGUUCAAGAUGGUCGUGCUCAACAAGCUCACGACAGGUGCGAUGAAUACACUUGACCGGCCCAUUUGA